CUGGAUAAAUAGACACGGGGGUCUCGAACUAUAUCAUGCCUUUAAGCAACAAUUCUUUAGCAGCUUGCCAGAAAACAAAUAAAGCAAGAGGGACUACCGGCCCGAUAACUCGUUUCUUAAUCCAAAUCACUCAAUGCUGGUCGACAAUACCGCUGCAUCGACCCAAACCGAUCAUUUGUUCGCUAUGGAAUCAGAUCAACUGUAUCCCAUACCGGCUGGAAUGCACGCCAUUCCACCAAACCUUCUUGAUAUUCGCGACGACUCUCAAAUCGACUACGAUAUCCUACACCCAAGACCCGUGACCGAUGAAAAGAACAUCUGGUUCUUCUGGACCAGCGGCUUUCAGAACAUGCAUCCCUACACGCAGCGCAACGUGCGCGCAUGGCACCGUCGUCUCUCUAAACUCGGAUGGGCAAUCCGCGUGCUCGACUGUGACAGUGUGCGUAACUAUCUCGACAUUGCCGACCCGGCGCUCUUCCCGCGUGCCUUUACCGACGGUACCCUCAGCGGCACCUACGCGCCGCAGCACACUUCCGACCUCGUUCGCUUCCCGCUUCUCCUGAAGUACGGCGGCGUCUACGCUGACGUCGGAAUGAUCCAGAUCGGCGACUUGGACCGACUCUGGAACGAGACAAUCGCGGACCCCGAGUCGCCGUUCGAGGUCCUCUCGUAUUUCACGGGCUUACCCGACCAACGCUGUCUGAUGAAUUACUUCCUCGCGGCGAGGAGGAACAAUCCGCUCUUCUUGCGGUGCCAUAAGCUGUUGCUGAAGCUGUGGGAGGGGAAGACGUGUACGGUCGGAAUGCAUGCGAGUCCGUUGCUGAAAGGCGUGCCGUUGAUGGGGGGUUCGUUCAAGAUUGAGGACGAAGAUGAGACCAUCGAAGAGGAAGAGGCUAGCAAGCUGUUGACGGACUAUAUCAUCCAGGGACAGGUGGUGUCCAUGGUCAUGGGGCUUGUGGACGAGGAGGAUGGCUGGAAUGGGCCCGUGUACAUCCGGGACCACCUCUACGGGAUCGACUUCAUGGAGGGCUCGCAGCUGAUCAAUGAGUUUACCCAGUGGGAUGGGCGUAAAGCAUUCGAUCUGAUGUCGCUCUCGCUCCCCGCUGAGGGAGAGGUGGAGACUGCGGACCAGAAACAGGCGCGGGAGGUCGUCGAGGGAUGUUUGACAAGGAGUUUUGGGUUCAAGCUCGCUCAUGGAUUGAUCUUGAGAGUAUACAAGGAGACACUUGGGUCACUGUGGCGCAAGUAUGACGGGUCGGACAUUGUUCCAGGGACAUAUGCGCAUAUGUUUCGGUAUGCCACCGUGUACUGGAACCAGAAUGCUGUCCCACCCACGUUGGAGUUCACAAAUCUCGAGCCGAUUAAAAGGGGUCCAUUGUUGAGGGAUGAGUAGCUUGAGGUGGUUCGAGCUUCAGAGCUCCUGGACAUAGAAUGAUCUUGACCCUAUAGUCUGAGUACAUUAAGCAAUAAACAUAAUCCGCAUGUGCACCCG